AUGGUUAACCCGAUGGUGAUGGCUUGUGUGAUCAGCGUAAUCAUCAUCAUCGGAAUGUUAAACGAAGUCGAAGGGAUCCAGAUAUUGUCGAAAUCAAAGCUAGAGAAGUGUGAGAAAACAUCAGAUUCUGGCAAUCUCAAUUGUUCAACUAAGAUUGUCUUGAACCUCGCUGUUCCUAGUGGAUCCAGUGGAGGAGAGGCUUCGAUUGUUUUGGAGAUAGUGGAGGUUGAAGAUAACUCCAGUAGUAAUAUGCAAACCGUACGGAUUCCACCGGUUAUUACAGUCAACAAAUCUGCAGCAUAUGCUCUCUACGAUCUUACUUACAUUAGGGAUGUACCUUACAAACCUCAAGAGUAUCACGUCACGACUCGUAAGUGUGAGCCUGAUGCUGGACCAGAUAUUGUACAAAUAUGUGAGAGGUUACGGGAUGAGAAGGGUAACGUUUUGGAGCAGACUCAGCCAACAUGUUGUCCAUGUGGACCGCAGCGAAGAAUGCCUUCGUCUUGUGGAGAUAUUUUUGAUAAGAUGAUAAAAGGGAAGGCAAAUACCGCGCAUUGCCUUCGUUUUCCAGGUGACUGGUUUCAUGUUUUCGGUAUUGGACAGCGGUCACUAGGAUUUAGCGUGCGAGUUGAGUUGAAGACAGGAACUAGAGUUUCAGAAGUGAUCAUUGGUCCUGAAAACAGAACAGCUACUGCAAAUGAUAAUUUCCUCAAGGUUAAUCUCAUUGGAGACUUUGCUGGUUACACAAGUAUUCCUUCUUUCGAAGACUUCUAUCUUGUUAUCCCAAGAGAGACGGCUAUAGCAGGACAACCAGGGAACUUAGGCGCCAAUUACUCAAUGUGGAUGCUUCUUGAAAGAGUGAGGUUUACAUUAGAUGGCUUAGAAUGUAAUAAAAUUGGUGUUAGCUAUGAAGCUUUUAACAGCCAACCAAAUUUCUGCUCUUCACCAUAUUGGAGUUGCUUGCAUAAUCAAUUAUGGAACUUUCAUGAGGCAGAUAUGAACCGGAUCAAUCGACACCAACUUUCUUAUUAUGGAUUAGAAGGAAGAUUUGAGAGGAUCAAUCAACAUCCAAAUGCAGGACCUCACUCGUUCUCCAUCGGAGUCACAGAAACAAUCAACACAAAUCUUAUGAUAGAGCUAAGAGCUGAUGAUAUUGAAUACGUUUUCCAGAGGAGCCCUGGUAAGAUCAUAAACAUUGUUAUACCGACAUUUGAGGCACUUACUCAAUUCGGAGUUGCAGCAGUCACAAUUAAGAAUAUUGGUGAAGUAGAAGCAUCUUAUAGCUUAACGUUCGAUUGCUCCAAAGGCGUGGCUUUCGUUGAGGAGCAAUUCUUUAUUAUAAAACCAAAAGCAGUUACAACUCGGUCUUUUAAGUUGUAUCCCACUAAAGAUCAGGCUGCAAAAUAUAUAUGCACAGCUAUACUCAAGGAUUCUCAGUUCAGCGAAGUAGACAGAGCCGAGUGUCAGUUCAGCACAACGGCCACCGUACUCGACAAUGGAACUCAGGUUACUAAUCCAUUUCAAAUUCCAGAGACUUAUCCUAAAGGUUUCUUUGAUUCGAUUAGAAUACUGUGGACUAAAGUCAUCAAUGGUUUAAUCGAUUUCAUCACGGGGGACACUUGCAGAAACAAAUGUUCAAGUUUCUUCGACUUCAGCUGCCACAUACAAUACGUUUGCUUGAGCUGGAUGGUUAUGUUCGGCCUUCUCCUCGCUCUUUUUCCAACCACUUGUGUACUUCUCUGGCUCUUGCACCAAAAGGGACUCUUUGAUCCAUUCUACGACUGGUGGGAAGAUCAUUUCGACUUAGACCAUCAUCGUAGACUAUUACCCACCAGAGAAAACGCCUUGAACCGCCAUCAUCACCAUCGCCAUCACAACCAUCGGCAUGGUGUCAAACCCCAUAAUCACCAUCGUAGGACACAACAGAGACACAAACACCAUCGUGGCGAAAACGACGACAGUUUGCAGAAGAUGAUGCUUGGACGUGACCACCACAACGAGUCUCACUACUACAACCAACUUCACCGAGUACAUAAAGAUAGCAAGCAGAAGCAGCGUAGGAGAGCCAAGCACGGGAUCGUCCUGCCACGUGAUGUGCACGUGGACAGACGGAGGAGACAAAGGCUACCGGAGAGUUAA